UGACGUUCUCUCCUUCCCGUCCUACCAUCCACUCGCUCACUUUUCCUCUCUCUACACCCACACAUACGUCCGCUAUUUCUCUCUCUAAACAGACGCAUACAUUAUACAUACUUACUAGUAGUCUCUGUGUAUAUCUAUUCUUAUACCUCCUUGAGUCCCUCUCUCUUUCUCUGUAGAACUUGCCAUUGAUGAUUUGAUCCGAGAUUACUAACAUUGCUCUGCGCUAACUAGAUUCCGCAGCUACUAGCCCAGGAGAUACGUAAAUUUUAGUGUGUAACUGCUGCAUAUGCGUUUCAGCUAUAUUGAUACAGAUACAUACAAUAGUUGUAUUGGUAGAUUAGGCUUUUUGUUGUAUUAAUUUCGGGGACAACAUGUUGGGGGCAGGAGUGCAGUUCAAUAGGAGUAGAAACGGCGACGAUCGGUUUUACAGCGCCGCCAAGGCUCGCCGGAGCCAAAAUUUCAUGCGGAGAGCUCAGAGUCAGAGCGAUUUCAGCUCGGGGCUGAGCCGGCGCGAUGAGUUGCCGCAGGAGAAGUCCGUACCGGAGUCUCCGGCGCCGGCGGCUGAAUCCUCAUCUCUGUGUAAUCUAGAGAGGUUUUUGGAAUCAGUCGCGCCUUCGGUCCAAGCUCAGUAUUUAUCUAAGAUGACAGUGAGGGACUGGAGAACAUGCAAUGUUGAGUUUCAGCCAUACUUUGUGCUUAGUGAUUUAUGGGUGGCAUUCAAGGAAUGGAGUGCUUAUGGUGCUGGAGUGCCUUUGCUACUAAAUGACAGUGAUAGCGUCGUUCAGUAUUAUGUUCCCUAUUUAUCAGGCAUUCAAUUGUAUGCUGACCUUUCAAAGAGUACAACGAAGUUGAGGCGACUUGGUGAAGAAAGUGAUGGAGAAUCUUUUAGGGAUUCUAGUAGUGAUGGAAGCAGUGAUAGUGAACUAGACAGAGGCGGCUCAAGUUAUUCAGGUGAUAAGUCUCUUAGAGUAGAUCCGUCUCCAUUAAGAGAGCAUCAUAUGGAAUUUCAAGAAGGCUUUUCAAGUGAUGAAGGCGAAUCUGUAAGUUCAGAGGGCAGCUUGUUGUUUGAGUAUCUUGCACGGGACCAACCGUAUUGUAGGGAACCUCUGGCAGACAAGAUAUCUGAUCUAGCUUGUGAAUUCCCGGAGCUUAGAACUUUGAGAAGCUGUGAUCUGCUGCCUUCCAGUUGGCUUUCUGUGGCCUGGUACCCAAUUUACAGAAUACCAACUGGGCCAACUCUUAAAGAUUUGGAUGCUUGCUUUCUAACUUUUCAUUCUCUUCAUACCCCAAUGACAGGAAAUGAAGCAGUGCAUCCUCAAGUCGUGACUUAUCCAUCUGAGAGCGAUGGUAUUCCACAGAUUUCACUGCCGGCUUUUGGCCUCGCCUCAUACAAAUAUAAAGUUUCACUCUGGACUCCUAAUGCUGGAAAUCAGCUGGAAUUAGCAAAUUCUCUCUUGCAAGCUGCUGAUAAUCGGCUAAAACUACUCCAUGUCAAUCACCCGGAUUUCUCCUUCUUCUGCCGUAGGUAAACUUGGUUGCAAUUCCCCUCCUUUGUCGUCUCCUUCUUCUUUAACCCUUCAUAAACAUGAUGCUGCGAGUGCAUUAGAUUCUACAAGGAAUGCCAACCAAAAGCCAUUGUAAAGCUGUUAUUUCAAACUAGCAUGUGAAACAAAAUCGAAGCGAGAAAAAAGGAAUGGGCCUCAGAGGGUUUUUUUUAUGGUGGAAUAAGAUUAAGAUUUAGCAGUGAUGCGGAAAUAAAUUCUGUUUUAGCAGGAUUAAAGCUGGCUUAACUCCAGCAUGUUGGCUGGUUGAAAACUGCGCUGAUGCUCUGCUUUUCUUCUCUUUUUCUUUUUUUGGUUGCAAUUUGUGUUUUAGAAGAAGCUGUGUUUUUUUUUUUCUAGUCAUGGCGAUAUGUUGUAGGGUGUUAUCAAGUUAUAUCUGCAUUUUGAGGGGAUUCUAUAGAGAAAUUGUAACCUAAUGUUCAGUUUAGUUGUUCUCCCUUGUGUAACUAAAUGUUCAAAUUAGCAGACGAAUGGGGUGUUGUUACA